UUUGUCCUUUUCCCUGUUUUGUUCCCCCUUCCCCCCCCCCCUGCCACACUCCCUCCCUUCUCUCCGCUCCCUUCCUUCUCGCUCCUCGCCGAAUUUCGCGCUGGCACACCGCGCGGACGUGCACCAUGUCCUCAGCGGCUCCGGUUCUCGACGCCGGAUUGCGGUCUCUGCUGGAAAGCGACCUGAAUGCCAUCGCCUCCGAGGCCCGCAGCCGUAACCCUUCCAUUCGCGAGGCGGCGCUCGGCUCGCUGAAAUCCCUCAAGGAGGUCGCUUCGACACCGCUUCCCGCCGAUGCUCUUUCAGGCUCGCUUCUUGACCCCGCACUCAAGGCCAUUCUCAAGAUUCGCGCCUUCCCCAAACUCGGCUCUCUCGGCUUGAAUCUCAUCUUCCGCAGCCUGGCCAAUCGCCUUGUGCAUCAGUCCCAACUAUGCCUGCUUGUUGAGCAUCUCGAGCGCAGUGCCGGCCUCCUGGAGCUGGGUGGUGGUGGUCCGCCGACCGCCCUGCCCACCUCGGCCGAGCUGGCCGACCGCUUGACCGGUCCGCGUGCCGUCCCAUGGGCCCUGCCCAUUUCCUAUUUCCAGGCUCUCUCCUCGGCCGGGGUGAGCUACUCGUCGCUCUUCGGCGACGACUCGCCGGACUUGGCCGCCCAUGUGCCGGACACCGGCAUUUCCCCAGGCAAGUCCCUGUCCAGCCCCUCCUUUGCCGGGAUCUCCGGUGCCACGAUCAGCUCGCUCAUUGGCGUGGCCGGGUCCGCCGUGGGGGGCGGAUCCGCCGUCGGGGGUCUCUCCUCGGUCGGGGGCCCGGCCUCAAGUGGGCCCAGUCCGGCCCUCCUGCCCGGUGCCGUGGCGCCCAUCCUGCCCGGGGCCAUCCUGCCCGGCACCCCGGUCCCAGCCACCGCCAUCAGCAGCAGCAUUUACGCCCAAUUUGCCGGGCCCGGUGGUAGUGGCUCCCCCGGUGGACCUCCAGGCGCUCCUGGGACUCCGGCCGGGGCUCCUGGCGGCCAGGCCCUUUCCCCAUUCCAGGAUGCACAGCUCCGCCUGCUGCAGCUCCUGCCAGUGCUCUUCCCCGAUUGCCUGGCCUUCGCGGCGAACUCCGGCCCGGUCGGUGCGGCCAGCCUCCUGGUCAGCCGUCUGCUGUUGGUGGCCGCACGCUUUGCCUCCCUCCCGGCCGGCUGGCCCUCGAUGCCGGUCUACUCCGACCUCCUGGCCAUUGGGCUGUCCCACCAGGACGCCUUGCAGUUUGUCUCGUCCGGCUACUGCGUCGUGCGCAAUACCGCCCUGGCGGUCCUGCGCCAGCUGGCCACCCAGUGCUUCGACCACUCGACCACCCUGGCCAUGGAUGCUCUGGCUGCCCGGUCCGACUAUUCGGAGCUCGGGUACUCUUCCACCGACGUCCCCCAUACUACGCCAGGCUCCUGCUCGGCCACCGAGUCGCUCUACGCCUUCUCCCUCUUCUCCGAUCUGUGUGCCCUGGCCGCCGGUGAUGGGCCCUCCUUCCUGAUUGCCUGUCCACCGCACUCCCUGGAGGAUGGCUAUGUUGCCGGUCCCGGUGGCGAGUGCCUCGGCAAGGUCCUCUGCCUGGAGCUGCUUGCAUCGAUCCUCACGUCACACGCGUCGCUCUUCACCAAGCAUCCCCACUUCCUGCGGCUCCUCCGCGACCAGCUGUGCCCCCUGCUCAUCGGGGCCACCAGUGCCCUCCUCUCGCACCCUGGCUCGGCCAGUGGCCUCUCUUCACGCCUGUCCUUCGAUGUGCGUGGGGGAGCCGCCCCCUCAGAUGCCGAGCUGGAAGACAUCCUCGGUGAGUAUCCCCGCGCUGCACGUACCUUCCGCCUGGUGGCCCUUCUCGUGCAGAACUUCUCCCUGCAACUGCCCAUGGAAAGUGAGAUCUACCUGUCGAUGAUCUUGCGAAGCCUGACGGCUCUGGAGCGGCCUGCUCGACGCCGACGGACCCCCGCCUCGUCAGCCGGCUCGCCCAGCCUCCAGCCCGACUCCGAUGCCACAUCCGCCAACCCCGACUCGCCGGCCCUCGAUCCGGCCGACAGUGAUGCGGCCGACACCGACGACGAUGACGACCCUGAGGAUGAUGCUCGGGAUGCCAGUGCCCAGGGUGGAACUCGCCCCGGGGCCUGGUGGAUGCGCAUCCUGUCGAUGGAGACUCUGCGGGACAUUUUCGCUUCCGGCUGCACCCCGGGGACGGGGCUCCUUUCGCCGGGUGCCCGCAAUAGCGCCGGCUCCGGUGCCGGCACCGAGCCAGCCUCCGCCGGUCCCUCGCAGGACCCCCUCAUUCGGCGCAUUUAUGCCCAGUUUGACCUCCAUGCCCCGGGGGCCUCGUCGGAUGUGGUCCAGUCGAUUGCCUCCUUUGCCGCGGGUUUCGUCACUCACCAUGGCCGGCCCACGCUCAAUGCCGCCGAGUCGGCCCUCGUCGAGGAGCAGUCCAUCCUUGCCUGUCAGGAGCUCCUGGCCAGCGGCCCGGCAACCACCGAGACCGGCCCCGGGGCUGGUGGUGUCCUCUCCGCCGCCCUGGCGGCCGACGGUGCCGUCCCCGGUGGCGGGUAUGUCCCAACAUCCCAGCUCCCGGCGGCCAUUCUCCUGCUCGAGGACGGCCCGCUGGCCCCCUUCGCCGGGGAGCUGCGCCGGCGCCCGGCCGGUGAGCGCAUUGCCAGCUGGCUGGUUCUGCCCCGGCCUUCGAGCCCAGUGUUGCUGGCUCCCCAGGAAAAGCGCAUCGGCAUUUUCCCCCCGCCCGAGCCCCUGGACGCCGGUGCCACGCGCCUCGUCGGCCUGGCCGUCGAUGCCCUGUGCUCUCUGGCCCAUACCCUCCUCCCGGCGGCCGACCUGACCGCCCUGUCGGAUCGCUUCCAACUGCCUGCGGCGCCCGAUGCCACUUCCACCGGCGCAUCGAGCCCCAGUGGUGGAUGGCUACACUCGCCCGGCGCCAGCCGUGCCCUGCCGCCGGGUCUCGUGGCUGCGGCCCAGCAGGACCCGGCUGCCCUGGGUGCGCUCAUGUGCCGGGCGCUCGGGCCAUCACUGUCCGGGGCUCUGGCCGCGGCGCUUGACCGGUCGCCAGUCUCCUCGGCCCGGCCGCCGCGCCCGGUUGACAUCUUGGGGUCUCCAUCCUCCGGGGCUGGUCCCGGUCGUCGGCCCUUCUACUUUCCCCUCCUCUCGCUUGAGGCCCUUCUCGACGCGCUGCUUGCCGCCUGCUUGUCUUUCACACACGCCGGGCUGGACUCCGAACGUGAUACCCUCCUGGUGGAGGUGUCCAAUCACACGCAAGAUCGCGGCCCGGAUGGCCAGCUCACCGAAAAGGCCAUCCUCUGCUCGCGCUUCCUCUCUUCGGCAGCCAACAUGGCCGGCGCGCGCCUCGGCAUCGCCGCAUGGAAGGCCAUCCUCUUCGGUCUGAGCUGCUCCCUGUCGCCCAGUGUCACCGGUGUUCCACUGGCCGGCAGCACGGCCGGCAGUUCGGCCGGCCCCGCCGGCCUGUCGGCUCCUGGCUCGACUGCCAGUGCCCCAGCCAUGGGAGGCCGGAGCACCGCUGGCGCGACCUCCUCGACCGGGCCCGGGCCCGGGGCUGGCCCCGCGCAAAGCCCCUCCGGCGGUCUAUUCGGUGUGGCCAACCUCCUGAGUGUCCUGCCCCUUGGGCGUCUCGGUGGCAGUAGCAGCAGCCAUGCCCCCGCCGCCGGUGGAUCCGCCAGCAGUGCUCCCCUGCCCCAGGGCAACCCGGCCGGGGCCCCAGCCGGAUCCACUGGCCCGAGUGGGCCCCCGGUCGGUGCCGCCCCAGGGUCACCCAGCACCGGCGCUGGUGCUGGUGGCCCCGGGGCCGGCCCACAGGCUCCCGGGACCCUGCUCGCAUCGUUGACCGGCUUGACCGACUCGGUCUUCGAUUCUGCCCGGUCCCUGGACAUCGAUGGUUUGGCGGCCUUCACCAGUGCCGCCACCUCGGUCGUUCUCGGCGAAGCUCGCCGCGCAUCGCAAAAGGAAAUGCCCGCCGACGUGGCUGGGUUCCUGUCCGUUGGGAUUGAGCGCCUGCGCGACCUCGGAUGCGCCACCGUGCCCCGGAUCCUGGGCUCGCGGGCACUUCUGGACACCGGCUCCGGUGGGGAUGCUCUGGCGUCCGGUGGUCGGCGGACCGUCCAUUCCCUCGGGGCCCUUGGCGCUUCGCAUGCAACGGCGGUCUCCUCGCCGCCGGCCGCCCCGGCGCCGCAGCUCUCCCCUGGGACGGCGGCCCCCUCGGGCGCAUGGGAUGCCUUGCACAAUCUGCUGGCCGGCCAGCUCGCCCAUGGCCAGGUGACCGACUCGCCGCUGCCGGCUCCGAGCGAUGCGGCCGUCUCCCUGUCCUUCGGUCUGGCGACUAGCCCGGUCGCGGGCCUGUCCGCGGCCAGCCUGUCCCGCGCCGCGGGCGCCGUCGUCCCGCCCCAUCUCCGCCAGCAGGCCGCCGAAGCCACGUGCGACAUUGUCACCCGCGCGGCCGAGUGCCUCGAUGCCGACACUCUUCUUCGGGAUCCCGAUCUGCAAAUUCGUCUGGUCCGGCCGCUGCUCCUCUGCGCCUCAAGUCCCUUCCCGGGCCCCUCCACCACGUCGCUCCAGGCUCUCUACAAUCUGCUUCAAGCCCAUGGCGAGUCGCUGAAGUACGCCUGGCCGGCCAUCCUGGAUACGCUGGGCGAAAUGUGUGACAUGCUGCCGGUUUUCCCGCCUGCCCUCGAGGACACCCCCCUCGAGGACUCGGCAGGCUCCCACCCCCCGGCCGAGGACUCGCCGCGUCUGGACGCCUCUCACCACCCGGCGGUCAUGGGCGCCUUCCAAUGCCUGCAGCUCAUCUGCACGGACUACCUUCCGCAGCUGGACAUGAUGUCCACCUUCCGUUGUGCUCUUGCCCUGGGUGCCCUUUCCUCUUCGAGCUUCGAUUUGAACUCCUCCCUCACCGCCAUGAGCCUUUUGUGGAAUAUCGCCGACUUUCUGCGUGCCAAGUUCUGCCAGCUGCGCACCCUGCCGGCCGAGGGCACAACCCUCACGGCCGAGCAGCUGGCCGGCGUUUGUCGGGAUCGCCAUGAGAGGCACUUCCUGCUGGCCGGGCGUCCGGAUGUCCCCCUCGGCGUGGAGCUCCUCUGGCGGACACUCAUUUCGCGGCUCGGCUUCCCGGCCCGAUGCGACCCCCGGCCGGAAGUCCGCGCGGCCGCGGUUCAAACCCUUGGCCGGGUCCUCUCCACCCAUGGCGGCCUCCUGACCUCGGACACUUGGGAUCUGUGCUUGGCCGGGCAGCUGCUUCCCCUGCUGGCCUCGGUCGAGCCAUUGCGCUUGGCCACGGCCACCGACCGGGGGACAUCCCUCACCGAGGCCACGGCUCGAUGUGGCGACUUCAUUGGCAACCAGAAACAGUGGGACGGUUCGCGCGUGCUGGCCAUCUCUGGCAUUUCACGCAUCAUCUCACGGAAUAUCGUCUCCCUUCUGAAGAUGCCCCGCUUCACAGCCGAGCUCUGGCCGGCGAUUCUGUGCCAUCUGGGUGGCUUUGCUCUGGCUGCCCCGGUGCCCGGUCUCGAGGCGGCCCUCCUCCGGCAGUUGGCAGCUCUGUCGAGCCAACAGCCCGGUGCCUUUGCCGAGGCGCUGGUCGCCUCGCCCUCGGUGGAUGCCAUUCCCCUGGAUGCCGGCUGGUCACGCACCGUCACCCGCACCGCCCUCACCGCCCUCGAGGAACUCAUCCAAACGGUCUUCCGCCUGAUCAAGGCCCUGGCCGAGGCGCCAGCCGGCGGAUCGCCCCAUGUCAACCCGGCUGUCGGCCAUCCAAGCGCCACCGGGCACUUUGUGUCCUCCGGUGGCCCCGGCUCCCCGGCGCCCCUGUCGACCAAUGCCUCGCUCGAUUCGAUCUUGCUCGAUGCGCAGGCCCGCUUCUCGCUGGAUGAUCCGGCCCUGGCGGCGACCAUCGCCGCCCUCUGGAGCGCGUGGCGUCAAAAUAGCGCCCUCUUCGCCCGGCACCCGGCCCCGGACCAGGACUGCCUGAGCUUGCAUCUGCGCUGCCUGCCGCAGCUCCUGUCCUGCAUCAUGUGGCUCCUGCCCCGGAGCACCGGCACCCAGGGCGACUUGAGCCCCGAAGCGGCCGGCAUUCUGGACCGACUGCUCGGCGAUUGCCUCCGCUUCCAGACGGACCUGCUGCUGCUGCCGAUCGGUGAUGUCCGUUCGGACCUCGAGCGCAUGGCCCCCGUCCAGCAGGCCGCUCUCAACAAUGCCCUCUUCAUGCUGCAAUUGGCCGAUCGCGCCCUGACGCGACACCUGCUGUCGGCCGGGGCCGCGGUUUCCGCUCUCGCCGGCUACCCGGCCGCCGUGACGGCUCUCUCCCCGCCACCGGCCACGCUGCCCGGCCUGCAGCCGGCCCAUGCCCUUGGCCUGUGCCUGGCCCUGCUGGACAGCCUGGCCAUGUGGGCCACUCUCUUUUCCUGCGGCCCCGGCCCCGGCCCCGGUGCCAAGGGAAUGACAUCCUCCGGUGGCCGGCCCACCUUCCAGGCAUUCUCUCAGCAUUGCCUGUUUGCUUCGUUGGCGCUGUUCCUGCGGCUGGACUCGCUGCCGGCCUUGGGUGUGGCACCGGCCGGAGCCACUGACCAGGUUACCCGCACUCCCGGUUGUGUGGCCACCCAUGCCGAUGCCCUGGCCGGCGAUUGCCCCGCCCGGCGGCAUUACCGCCAGCUGUAUGAGUCGCCGGUACUGCCGCGCCUGCUGCUGCGGCUGGCCCUGGCCGGAAAUGGCCAUCGUCCGGCCUCACGCGUCGCGGUUUCCGGCCCGGCCUCCUACCCCAUUUCCAAGGACGCCCCUCUGGCCUUGGCUCCCUGCCCCGCGGCCGAGCACAUCUUCAAAUGCCUGGCCUGGCAGCCGACCCCAAAGACCUCGCACGAAGACCCGGAAGCCACGGCCACCCCCGCGCCCAGCGCAAUGCCCGUGCUGCCUCGACUUCCCUUCGGUGUCUUCACGCUGGCUGCCUUCUUUGAGAUCGCCUGGCGCACCAUGGUCUCCUCGAAGGCCCUUGCCGACCACCUCCCCUCAUCGGUCCUUGCUCGGCUGUGGGAUGGCAUCCUCGCCGGCUUCGAGGUGACACUCCUGUAUCAUGACCCGUCGUAUCAGCCGGCCGAUGCUCCGCGUGAUGCGCUUCCCCUGCUCCGGUGCCUGCGACUUUUCGCCGAGACCGUCCCCGCACUGCUGGGAGCCGACACCGUCCUCCCGGGCGAUCGGGCCUCCUCCUUGAGCUUCCAGCCUGGCGAGUGGCUUGAGCGCGCCCUCAUUCGCACCCAGCUGAUCAUCAUCCAGGCGUCCCUCCUCCCCUGUACCGAUCUCCUGGCCCGGCUCCAUGAGGACUUCCGGCAGAUCACCGCCGAAGCCUCCACCGGCGAGGAUCUUCCCACCGGCCGCCUGGCAUACCCUCCCCUGACAGGGCACUUCCUCGAGCAGGCGGCCCGCCUGCUGGCCAACACCCAUGUCGCCGCCAGCACUCCGCCCACCCGGGCAUUGGCCGACACCGACAUCGCCACCGAGGCCGCACAUCCCGUCACCGGCGAACAGGCCGGCCUGGCGCCGCUCGCCACCACCAACGCCGCCGCCGCCGCCGCCAUCUCCCCCUCCUCUUCGACUGCGGUGCCGGCUGCUGCCCCGCUUCUGGCACACUCCCGACGCCUGGAGCCUCUUGCCGGCCUUGCCCGGGCCUACCUCUUUGGUCUAUGCUCGGUGCUCUUGCCUGAUCAGUACCCGGCCGGCGGCGUGGCCUCCGGCCUCUGGAUGCCGCUGGUGGCCGGGGCUCUCUUGGACCGGGCCAUUUACAUCAAUGCCUGUGACGCGCCCAGUGCCCUGGACCCUACAUCGGCCACCAUCGGCCUGGCCCUGGGUCAUGGUCUGCGGGAGAUGGCCGCCCUCGGGUCGCUGCGCGUAUGCCAAUACUUCUUGCUGCGGUUCUCCUCAUCGCUGGAUCCGCGCUCGAACUCCGGCCGCGCGCAUCCAGCCGCCACGCCGCCCCUCCUUGCGGGAUCCCCACCGGUGCCUCUCCACCAGCCUCCCCCCUCGGACUACCUGCGCUUGUCUGUCCUGCGUGUGCUCGGCUUCCUGGCCUCGCUGCAGCCCCAUCCCGGGGCCUUUGACCGGGUGUGCCGGUCACACUUGUAUGGCACCUCCACGGCCUCGGCCGCGCUUGGCCACUCGGCCGGCUGUCUCGCGGCCCUGGUGGCGGCCCCGCCCCCGGACCGGGCGUCCGGCGCCGCCCUCGCCGGCCGGCCGACUGCCCUGGCCGUCCGGCAUCUUCUCCUCCUCCAGCCCACAUUCAUCGGGCUCUCCCUGCAGUUGACCCUGGCCGGGGCUGGAACAUCCGCCGGGGCAGCUGGCAUUUCCUCCUCCGGCUCCUCGGCUGCCACUUCGCUGGCCUCCUCCUCGUCCUUCAUCCCCCCCGGAGCCGCCUCGCACAACUCCCUCGACACGCAGAUCAGUCACCUGGUGCACAACUGCAUGGACAUCUCCCACCGGACCGUGGCUGAUCUGCUGCUCUGACCAAGCGUUGGCAUCAUGGCCCGAUCGCAUCUCAAUAGACCUUCCUCUGCCC